AUGACUGCAUCUCCUUACGAUGCUCCACUGCCUUGUCGAUCAGAUCUUUAUGUCGAAGGCUCUGGGCGUGGCCCGCUAAGAAAACCACCUGUUCCGGUUUGGGCACUCAAGCAAUACUUAAUUGAGCUUGACAAUACAACUUCUCUUACUAAAACCCCAAUUUUCACACCUACAAAAUUACAAAAUCCAAUGGUUGUUUUAGAUCAAUUUCAUACUAAAGAAACUACUUAUCAGUUAACUAAUAAUGAUGUUGAUAAUAAAGAAGAUACUACUCCAAAAGUUACAGUAAAAUCACGCAAAACACGUGAUCAACAUCCUCAUCAUAAAAUCUCUACUCAUUCUUCACAACAAACAACAGAAUCUAUUAUUGAUCAUUUAGAUCGUCUUCAUCAAGAAGAUAAUUAUCAUCAUUAUCAUCAUCCAUAUCAACCAAUUGAUAUGGAUGAUAAUGAUGAUAAUUCAUCUGUAACAAGUUCUAUGACUGAUUCAUCAGAAACUGUACGUCGAUCAACUAGACGUGUUAGACCACCGAAACGUUAUGAUUCUUCAGCUGUUUAG